AUGGCUGCUACAACUGCAAAGACGAACAGCCACGGCAGCUCGUCCGCUGCCAAACAUAAUCUACCAUCACAUUUCAUUGGUGGUAACAGACUAGACCUUGCCCCUCCAAGCCAGCUCAAGGACUUUGUUGCCGCUCACAAUGGUCACUCCGUCAUCACAUCGGUCCUUAUCGCCAAUAAUGGUAUUGCGGCCGUGAAAGAGAUCCGAUCGGUACGAAAAUGGGCAUAUGAGGUUUUUGGAGAUGAGCGCGCUAUUCAGUUCACUGUCAUGGCGACGCCCGAAGAUUUGCAAGCCAACGCCGACUACAUUCGUAUGGCUGAUCAAUAUGUAGAAGUACCUGGUGGUACCAACAACAACAACUACGCAAAUGUGGAGUUGAUUGUUGAUAUUGCCGAACGUAUGAAUGUUCAUGCUGUGUGGGCUGGAUGGGGUCACGCUUCCGAAAAUCCUAAGCUACCCGAAUCUUUGGCCGCUUCACCAAAGAAGAUCAUCUUCAUUGGUCCUCCUGGCUCUGCCAUGCGAUCGCUCGGAGAUAAGAUUUCUUCAACCAUUGUUGCACAACAUGCCGGUGUGCCAUGUAUCCCCUGGUCUGGAACUGGCGUCGAUGAGGUCAAGGUCGACAAGGAUGGCAUCGUGACUGUUGAUGACUUCGUCUAUGAUAUGGGUUGCACACACUCCUGGGAAGAAGGUUUGGAAGCUGCUAAGAAGAUCGGCUUCCCCGUCAUGGUCAAGGCCUCCGAAGGUGGUGGUGGUAAGGGUAUCCGAAAAGUCGACCGAGAAGAAGAUUUCGCUACUCUAUACAGUGCCGCCGCCGCCGAAAUUCCUGGAUCGCCUAUUUUCAUCAUGAAGUUGGCCAGCAAUGCCCGACAUUUGGAAGUUCAGUUGCUUGCCGAUCAGUACGGUAAUAACAUUUCUCUAUUUGGCCGUGAUUGCUCAGUUCAACGACGACACCAGAAGAUUAUCGAAGAAGCCCCGGUCACUAUUGCCAACAACAACACUUUCCAGGCUAUGGAGCGUGCUGCUGUCAGCCUUGGUAAGCUUGUCGGUUAUGUUUCAGCAGGUACCGUCGAGUACUUGUAUUCACAUUCCGAUGACAAGUUCUAUUUCUUGGAACUUAACCCUCGUCUUCAAGUCGAGCACCCUACCACUGAGAUGGUUACUGGUGUCAACUUGCCUGCUGCUCAGUUGCAGAUCGCCAUGGGUAUUCCUCUUCACCGCAUUCGCGACAUCCGUCUUCUCUACGGUGUUGAUCCCCACACCUCUUCUCCCAUCGACUUUGACUUCGCCAAGGAAGACAGCCGCUCAGUCCAGCGUCGCCCUCAGCCCAAGGGCCACUGCACAGCUUGCCGUAUCACAUCCGAAGAUCCCGGUGAGGGAUUCAAGCCCUCCAGCGGUACCAUGCACGAGCUCAACUUCCGUAGUUCAUCCAACGUCUGGGGUUAUUUCUCCGUCGGUACAUCUGGUGGUAUCCACAGUUUCUCCGAUUCUCAAUUUGGUCACAUCUUCGCUUAUGGUGAAAAUCGUACGGCCUCUCGUAAGCACAUGGUUGUUGCAUUGAAGGAACUCAGCAUUCGCGGUGACUUCCGAACAACUGUUGAAUACCUCAUCAAGUUGCUCGAGACCCCCGCUUUCGAGGACAACACCAUCACUACUGGCUGGCUGGACCAACUGAUCACCAACAAACUCACCGCUGAGCGCCCAGACCAAACCUUGGCUGUUAUCUGUGGUGCUGUUACACGGGCCCAUUUGGCCAGUGAAGAUUGCAUUGCCGAGUACCAGUCCAACUUGGAGAGAGGUCAGGUCCCUUCCAAAGAGGUCCUCAAGACCAUCUUCCCAGUGGAGUUUAUCUACGAGGGUUACCGUUACAAGUUUACAGCCACCAAAGCUAGCUCUGAUAGCUACCAUUUGUUCAUUAACGGCUCCAAGUGCUCCGUUGGUGUCCGUGCUUUGGCCGACGGUGGAUUACUUGUUUUGAUGAACGGCCGCAGCCACAACGUCUACUGGAAAGAAGAAGCUGCCGCUACUCGCAUGAGCGUUGAUGGAAAGACUUGUCUUUUGGAGCAAGAGAAUGAUCCCACCCAAUUGCGUACCCCCAGUCCUGGUAAGCUCGUCAAGUUUACCGUUGAGAACGGCGAACAUAUCAAGGCUGGCCAACCUUUUGCUGAGGUCGAGGUCAUGAAAAUGUACAUGCCUUUGAUCGCCCAAGAGGAUGGUACUGUACAGUUUAUCAAGCAGCCCGGAGCCACCCUCGAGGCUGGUGAUAUUCUCGGUAUAUUGGCAUUGGACGAUCCAUCCCGUGUCAAGCACGCUCAGCCAUUCACUGGACAGCUCCCGGAUAUGGGUCCUCCUCAAAUUGUCGGAAACAAGCCUCCUCAGAAGUACACCCUUCUCCACAGUAUUUUGGAGAAUAUCCUCAAAGGUUUCGACAACCAGUUCUUGAUGAAACAAACCUUGAAGGAUCUUAUCGAGGUCUUGCGUAACCCUGAGCUCCCUUACGGUGAAUGGAAUGCUCAAUUUGCUGCUCUUCACACCCGUAUGCCCGGAAAGCUUGUUACGCAAGUCUCCCAGGUCGUUGAACGGGCUCGUUCUCGCCAAUCCGAGUUCCCCGCCAAGCAACUUCAGAAGACAAUCGUCAAGUUCAUUGAGGACAAUGUUAAUCCCGGAGAUGCAGACAUCCUCAAGACUACCUUGUCUCCACUUAUGCAUAUCAUUGAGCUCUACAUGGACGGUCUCAAAGUCCACGAAUACACCGUCUUCAUCGGUCUUCUCGAGCAAUACUAUUCCGUGGAAAGCAAAUUCACUGGACGCAACACUCGUGACGAAGAAGUUGUCCUCAAAUUGCGUGAUGAGAACAAGGAAGACAUUCGCUCUGCAAUCCAGACUGUUCUUUCACACACCAAGGUCGGUACCAAGAACAACCUCGUCCUCGCAAUUCUGGACCUCUACCGUCCCAACCAGCCCAAUGUUGGCAAUGUAGGAAAGUACUUCAAGCCUGUCCUCCGCAAACUUGCGGAGCUGGAAUCUCGCGCUGCCUCCAAGGUCGCUCUCAAGGCUCGUGAGCUGCUUAUCCAGGCUGCUUUGCCUUCCCUUGAGGAGAGAGCUACUCAGAUGGAGCACAUUCUCCGUUCGUCUGUGGUUGAAUCCAGCUACGGUGAGGCCGGUUGGGAUCACCGGGAGCCAGACUUCGAAGUCUUGAAGGAAGUUGUGGACUCCAAGUUCACUGUGUUUGAUGUUCUUCCCCUGUUCUUCUCUCACUCAGACCAGUGGGUCACAAUGGCUGCCUUGGAGGUCUAUAUUCGUCGCGCUUACCGUGCCUAUACUGUGAAGGGUAUCCAAUACCACACUGAUGGGGAACAACCUUUCAUCUCUUGGGAUUUCGCGUUGGGCAAGAUUGGUCAAGCCGAAUUUGGACUGCCCAUUGCCUCAUCACACCCAUCUACUCCAGGCACACCUACCGCCGACGUCCCUAACCCGUUCAAGAGAAUUCAUUCUAUCAGUGACAUGUCCUACUUGGUCAAUGAGGAUUCGAGUGAAGUUCCACGCAAGGGUGUUUGUAUUCCUGUACAAUAUCUUGAAGAAGUUGAGGAGCAACUCGUGCGCGCCUUUGACGUUUUCCCCCGUAGCACUGCCAAAGCGAAGAAAUCUUUGGAGUCAAACCUCUUGACUGCCGAGCUCAGUGGCAAGCGCCGACCACCACAACGCCAAGACAGCAAUGGAGAGCUUUCUGGAGUGUGCACCGUCGCCAUCCGUGACGUUGAAGAUCUUGACGAUGCCAGUCUUUUCUCUCAGUUCAACGAGAUCAUCGCCGCCCACAAGGAGGACCUCCUUGCUCGGGGUAUCCGUCGUGUUACUUUCAUCUGUGGACACAAGGAUGGUAGCUACCCAGGCUACUUCACUUUCCGUGGACCUCUGUAUGAUGAAGACGAGAGUAUCCGUCACAGCGAGCCUGCUUUGGCUUUCCAGCUUGAAUUGGGACGUUUGUCUAAAUUCAAGAUCAAGCCCGUUUUCACUCAGAAUCGUAACAUCCACGUUUAUGAGGCUAUUGGAAAGGGUCCUGAAGUCGACCGAACGACUGUUGACAAGCGCUACUUCACACGUGCUGUGGUGCGUCCCGGCCGUCUCCGUGAUGACAUUCCUACUGUUGAGUACCUCAUUUCCGAGGCUGACCGCUUGAUGAAUGAUAUCCUUGAUACUCUUGAGGUUAUUGGAAACAACAACUCCGAUCUUAACCAUAUCUUCAUUAACUUCUCGCCCGUGUUCCCUCUGCAACCCAAGGAUGUUGAGGAUGCUUUGGCAGGAUUUGUGGACCGAUUCGGUCUCCGCCUCUGGAGACUUCGUGUCACUGGUGCUGAAAUCCGCAUCUUGUGCACUGACCCAGCUACCGGCAAGCCUUAUCCUCUGCGUGUCAUCAUCAACAACACCUUCGGUUUCGUCAUUCAGGUUGAAUUGUACAUUGAGAAGAAGUCCGAGAAGGGUGAAUGGGUCUUCCACAGCAUUGGAGGCACAACCAAGAUUGGUUCCAUGCACAUGCGUGCCGUAUCCACGCCUUAUCCCACCAAGGAGUGGCUCCAGCCUAAGCGUUACAAGGCCCACGUCAUGGGUACACAAUACGUCUACGAUUUCCCAGAACUGUUCCGUCAAGCAUUCCAGAACAGCUGGACCAAGGCACUUGAGAAGGUUCCAGGUUUGCUUGAGAAACGUCCUCCAGUUGGUGAAUGCAUUGAAUACAGUGAGCUUGUCUUGGACGACACUGAUAACCUCGUUGAGGUGUCUCGUGAGGCUGGUACCAACACUCACGGUAUGGUUGGCUGGAUCGUCACUGCCUACACACCUGAAUACCCCAAGGGACGUCGUUUCAUCACCAUUGCCAACGAUAUCACCUACCAGAUCGGUUCAUUCGGUCCCCAGGAAGACAAGUUCUUCCACAAGUGUACCGAAUUGGCAAGGAAGCUUGGUAUUCCUCGUGUCUACUUGUCUGCCAAUUCCGGUGCUCGUAUUGGCAUGGCUGAUGAGUUGAUUCCUUACUUGAACGUUGCCUGGAAUGAUCCUGCUAAGCCCGAGGCUGGCUUCAAGUACCUUUACUUGACCCCUGAGUUCAAGAAGAAGUUAGAUGAGCGUAAGAAGAAGGAGGUUCUUACUGAGCUUGUGACCGAAAAUGGUGAAGAACGCUACAAGAUCACCGCUGUUAUCGGUGCCAAGGAUGGUCUCGGUGUUGAGUGUCUUCGUGGCUCAGGUUUGAUUGCUGGUGAGACUUCUCGUGCUUACGAGGACAUCUUCACUAUUACUCUCGUCACUUGCCGCUCCGUUGGUAUCGGUGCCUACCUUGUCCGUCUUGGUCAGCGUGCCAUUCAGGUCGAAGGCCAGCCUAUCAUUCUUACUGGUGCUCCUGCUAUCAACAAGUUGCUUGGACGUGAAGUUUAUACUUCCAACUUGCAGCUCGGUGGCACUCAGAUUAUGUAUAAGAACGGUGUUUCUCACAUGACUGCCAACGAUGACUUUGAGGGUAUUCAGAAGAUCGUUGACUGGCUGUCAUUCGUUCCUGACAAGAAGGGUGCUCCUGUACCUAUCCGCCCAUUGUCCGACAACUGGGACCGCGAUAUCACUUUUGUUCCUCCUGCUCGUCAACCAUGCGACGUUAGAUGGUUGAUUGGCGGAAAACAGGAAGAAGACGGCUUCUUGACCGGUCUCUUCGACAAGGACUCAUUCGAAGAGUCCCUUGGUGGAUGGGCUAGAACUGUUGUUGUUGGUCGUGCUCGCCUUGGCGGUAUCCCUAUGGGUGUUAUCGCUGUCGAGUCUCGCUCAGUCGACAAUGUCACCCCCGCUGACCCUGCCAAUCCCGACUCCAUGGAAAUUGUUACUACCGAAGCUGGUGGUGUUUGGUUCCCCAACUCUGCUUUCAAGACUGCCCAGGCUUUGCGCGACUUUAACAACGGUGAACAACUCCCUGUUAUGAUCUUGGCCAACUGGCGUGGUUUCUCUGGUGGUCAGCGUGAUAUGUACAACGAAGUGCUCAAGUACGGUUCUUAUAUCGUUGACGCCCUAGUCAAGUACGAACAGCCUAUCUUCGUCUACAUCCCACCGUUCGGCGAACUUCGUGGUGGUUCUUGGGUCGUUGUUGAUCCAACAAUCAACCCCGAACAAAUGGAAAUGUAUGCCGACGAGGAGGCACGUGGUGGUGUCUUGGAACCUGAGGGUAUUGUCAACAUCAAAUAUCGUCGUGAGAAGCAGCUCGACACCAUGGCUCGCUUGGACCCUACUUAUGGCGAGCUCCGACGACAGCUUGAGGACAAGUCCCUCAGCAACGAACAAUUGUCUGAGAUCAAGAUUAAGAUGGCUGCCCGUGAAGAACAACUACUCCCUGUUUACAUGCAGAUUGCCUUGCAAUUCGCUGAUCUUCACGACCGUGCUGGCCGUAUGGAGGCUAAGGGUACUAUCCGCAAACCCCUGCAGUGGAAGAACGCUCGUCGAUUCUUCUACUGGCGUCUGCGCCGUCGUUUGAGCGAAGAAUUGAUCCUCAAGCGCAUGAUCGAGGCGCAACCCAAGCCUGCUCCCAAGCCCGCCAAGAGCGGUGCUAUUCCCGUCAGCGGCAUUGUUGCUCCUACAUCAUCUGCUCGUGAGUCUCAUCUCAGCACUCUUCUGUCCUGGAGUACGAUGUUGGACGAUGAAUUCGACCAAAAUGACCGUAAGGUUGCUCUAUGGUACGAAGAUAACAAGAAGAGCAUCUACUCUAAGAUUGAGGCCUUGAAGACCGAGACUAUUGCAUCCGACGUUGCUCAAUUGUUGAUUGGCAACAAGGAGGGUGGCCUCAAAGGUGUUCAACAAGUAUUGAGCAUGUUGCCUGCUGAGGAACGCGAGUCUGUUCUCAAGUACCUCGGAUCAGUGUAA